UGUGGUAAAACCGGAAACGACUACAACUUCAUUUAGCUCUUCGCUAGUUCAUGUUUGUGAUAAGGAACGAAGAAUAGUUCUGCGAUUAGUUAUGAGCUAUUUAUUAGUUUUCCCGUAGUGUAUUUGCAGUGCAUUAUAUGUGAAACAGACCGCACGUCUAACAGCAAGCGUUUGAGCCAGAGUGCAGAAAUGGGGAAGAGGUAUUACUGUGACUACUGCGACCGCUCCUUCCAGGACAACAUGCACAACCGCAAGAAGCACCUGAACGGCGUCCAGCACCACCGAGCCAAGCAGGCCUGGUUCCACAGCUUCAGAGAUGCUGCAGCCAUACUGUCUGAGGAGCAAUCCAAGAAACCCUGCAGGAAAUUUAUCCAGACAGGGCAGUGUGGGUUUGGAUCCAGCUGCAGAUUCUCUCAUAUGACGGAGAAGGACAUUGCCAGCCUGGAAUGGCAGAUAGAAGAUGAAAGGCGCCGAGCAGAGGAGCCAGCGGGUGGGGGCGUGUCCCCAGAGCGCAGCGCAGCUGAUUGGCUGUCCCGCAGAGAGAAGAGACUGGCCCUGCACAGCAGCGGACGACUGGAGGAGGAAGAGGAAGCGUCUCCACAGGCCAGCGAUGUGCCCCCCCACUUCCUCUCCAUACCCAACCUGCCCCCCUCCCUCUUGCCCCCACCCCCCACAGGGUGGCGGGACGCUCCCAAUACGGAGUGGGGUUAAAGGUCACUCAGGUUUCCCAGCAUCUCGGGCACAGUUGACUGGAGAGAGUUCCGGAAGCACUGGCUGAGAGGAACGAGCAGGGAAACAGGAGGUGUGUUGAAAUUGAAACUGUUAUGAGUUGUGUGCCUCUGAACAUUGUAGGACACUUUCUGAUGCCCACACAGGAACAUAUCUGGAUCAUGUGAAAAGUUUUACAUUUUUGUUUGCUUGUUUUCAGUUCAGUGUGUUCAAACCUAUUUUUUUCUGCUUAUUGAGGAAAUCAAGCCUCUUUUUAUUCAUUUGAAUUUGAAUUUAGAAUUUGCUAAAUGUGCUGUAGUUGUAAUGUCUAUAAAAAUGUAUACAUCUAUUUUUUUUUUAAUAGAUGUUUUGAUAUGUCUCAUUACGUUUUGGUAAUAACACAUACAUUUUUUUAUUAAAUGGUGCUUCUGUUA